GGGGUGCUCCCGUCUCGGCCGACAAAUGACUGCCGAACGACCGAGUUUUGACAAAUAUCUUGGAUAAGCUGGCUUGCUUCUGUGUAAGCAGGUAGGCGUCCGUAUAUAGAUACGGUGGACUGCCCAUCCCCUUACCACUCACUCUUUAACCACCCAAUUCUUUCCAUCCUCCAAACACCCACUUAAGGGUAUCCAUACCAUGUCUUUCCAACGGCUCGUGCGAUUCGUCAAUGCCCAGGGGGCCACUGCCUUCGGCGACCUCAAGAGCGAGCCCAGCGGCGAUUUGACGGGCGCCGAGGUUGAGGUGCUCGAGGGAGAUAUCGAGAACGGGUUUCGCGGAACUGGGAGGACAGACAAGAUCACGAAGCUGCUGUCUCCUUUGCCUAAAGUGCCCCUGGUCAUCUGCAUCGGUUUAAAUUACCAGAAGCACGCCACUGAGGCAAAUCUCCGUGUCCCGCCGUACCCCGUCGUCUUCACAAAGCCCGCCGAUGCCCUGACAGGCCCAUUUGACGAUGUGUCCAUCCACCCCGACGCGCAGGGCAUGCUCGACUAUGAGGGCGAGCUGACGGUGGUGAUCGGGAGGGACGCAAAGAACGUGGCUGAGGCGGAUGCGCUGAGCUACGUGCUGGGCUACACGGUGGGCAACGACGUGUCGGCACGCAACUUCCAGCUGCCGGACACGUCGGGCGGGCAGUUCUGCUACGCUAAAUCGUUCGACGGCUUUGCGCCUGUCGGUCCUUGCAUCGUGUCACCGAGUUUGGUGCCCGACCCUCAGAAGCUCCGUCUCGAGACGCGGGUCAACGGUGGCGUGCGACAAACAACUGGCACCGAUGACAUGAUCUUCUCUGUCGCCAAGAUUAUUGCGCAUCUCAGCCGCGGAACCACGCUCAGGAAGGGCACCAUCAUCCAGACGGGCACCCCGAGCGGGGUCGGCUUGUUUAUGGAACCUAAGGGGUUCCUGCAGAAUGGCGACGUGGUUGAGGUCUCGAUUGAGGGAAUCGGGCAGAUCCGUAACAAGAUGGUGUUUGAGGAAUGUUGAGGUGAGCGCGUCUGGGGUCGUCGGGGAUUAAGAGUGGUGGGGUUCCAUGAAUACAGUGGGGAGGUGGGGUCGGUUCACGGCAGUUGCCCCGCAUUGGUGAUCACCGCCAGCCAGGUGGGGCCUUCAAUUAUGUAGGGAGGUACGAAUAACGAGAGAAAAAGGAAUGAAUGACCGGUCGGUCGAAUUUUGGC